UUCCAAAUCCUAAUAAAGUUUUUCAUUUAAUCAUUUGAAUAAUUUAGCAUUUUGUAAGAUGUAUUUCCAUCAGUUCAGUGUUGGUAAAAAGAAGAAACUUUUCAACCUUUAUAUGGAUUGAAACACAUGUUGGAAUCGCAGAUUCUGCUUAUGAAUAUCAAUUUUUGACUUGAGCUGUUUUGAUAUAAAAUGUGGUUCAUGAAUAAUCCCAAGCAACUGGUCGAAGGCUUUACAAUGGAUCAUUUAAAUAUUAUUUAUAUUAUAAUAUGUUGACAUUGAGCCCACAUUUGAAGUAAUGUUGUGUCGCUGUAAUAAUAAAUAGCGACUACGAUGGACAAAAAAGCCAGAUGAUUCUUGUAAAUUGAAUGAAAAUUUAUUUCAUUCCAACUUUUUUUGCCGUGGAAUCAAACUCAAAUUACAUCUAAACAUGAUCAUUAAUUGUAUCCUUUUGAUUGUCGUCAGCGUCAAUACCAUAUCUGGUGGAGUUAUUAAAGAGUCAAGCAAGAGCAUCUUUACUGGUCGUGAGUUGAAACAAAUUUGCAAAUCAAUCCAAAGCAAUGUCAAUUCAGGAGUUGAUCCAGUGAAAUCUCAGGCUAAUAUUUUCAAUGAAUAUUCAUCCAAGCUUGGUUCAACCACUGAUUCAACAGAAAAGUUGAAAAAGCUUGAAGCUGAGCAAAAUGCCCUCAAAUUUAAACGACUCUUGAAAGCUUUCACAAAAUUGAUCGGAACAUUUGACGAAUUGAACAAUGGAUUGCAGGUUAAACAAGAAGAUGAGACUUCAACUGUUAUUGAUGGUGAAAGUAACUUCCAAGACGGAAACUCUGAAACCGAUGAUCAAGUGAAACCAAGUGAAGGUGAUAAUGAAGAAGGAAAUGGUGAAAAUGAAGUCGAUAUCGAUGAUAAUGACCAUGAUGAUGAUGACGACGAUGAUGAAGGAGACGAAGAUUAUGACGAUGAAUUUGACGUUUGUGAAUUCAUAGACUAUCCUGAUGGAAUUGAUCUAAGCGAGGUUGAAUACGGUGAUUUGGAUAGUGGUGAUUAUGAUAUUUAUGAAUAUGAUUUUGAACCUUUUGGUUUGUCUCUGAAUCUACGUCUCGCUGUAUCUCACUGAUCAACCAAUGCUAGCUUCAAGUAAUAUUGUCUGUUAUUAUUAAAAACAUUUUAAUCUUAAU